AUGGACUCUCUGAGAAAUAAAAGGGCCGUUGACCCAAAAUAUCUUCUUCGCUUGUUCCUUAACGCGGCGGUCGGGGAGAUCCCUCUCACGGGAGCAAGUCUCGUGGCACGGCUGACGAAAGAUACGAUCGCUGUCUUUCAAUACAUCAAUAGAAGUAUAGUUGACGGAGCCAAGGCAGGCUUAGAGUCGCAGCCAUAUUCUGUCAGUCUUGGAAGGAGCCUCGACAGACUUCGGCUCUGGUCAGACGGAUACAGAAUUUCCAGUGGAGGCUUCGAUGAUAUCUUCGAGCAAUCUAGUCGGUUACGACGUGCAACACUCAAGAUUCUAAGUAGUAUCGGUUUGACUCUUACCGAGAGGCUCAUAGUUUCGGGCCUUUGGGGAAAGAAGCCGCUUUCAGACAGUUUUGAGGAUGAGGUAGAACAGCUGCGGCAACUCAUCCAAGAGGUUGAAGACUACCAACCAAAAAAUGAAUCUUCGGCUGGCUCAUCCGAGUACGACGAUGACGAUAUCAAUCAAAUCACGGCAGACUUGGAAACAGACACCAGCGGUUUGAUGGACCUCGACGUCUUAUUCUCUGACCCCAUCUUCGACAUGGACCAUAAGAGUCAAGGCAUUCUCCCGUCUUUGCACACAUGGGCGCCGCAUGAGCCUUCCAAGCAAAUCACAGUAGACUUAGAGUCAGGCGCUAACUAUUUGAUGGACCUCAACGUCUCAUUCUCUGACUCCAUCUUCGACAUGGAGCAUGAGAGUCAACGCUUUCUCCUGUCUUUAGGCACAUGGCCAAGCGUUGACCCUAAAAUUCAAAUCACAGCAGACUUGGAAACAGACACCAGCGGUUUGAGGGACCUCGACGUCUCAUUCUCUGACCCCAUCUUCGACAUGGACCAUGAGAGUCAACACAUUCUCCCGUCUUUGUACACAUGGGCGCCGCAUGUGCCUUUCAAGCAAAUCAUCAAAACGCGAUUUCCCAAAGGAAAUGAGGAUCUCAUUACCAGUCUUGCAAAGGCCAACUAUGAGCGAUUCUUGAGAGGACAAGAACAAAGAAACAUUCAAAUGGUGGCUCCAGGUGAUAGCGAUCCGAAUGAGGCUCUUCUACCGGCUCAGAUCAAAGAUUCGGACGCCGCAAGUUCCAAAUUCCUGGAUUCUGGCCUUGGGUCAUCUGUUCCUUCAUCUUACGCCGAGACCAUCGUGUCAUACCACGGCGGUGAAGGGACUCCUGUACGCUUGCCACCCUUACCGAAGGGGGCUGCGCAGGGAAAAGCAUUUCUGUGUGUGGCAUGCGGUAAACUUACUGUUGCGAUCGACAUGGCUUCGUGGAAACGGCACUUGUUCAAGGACUUGAGGCCUUGGCAGUGUCUGGAAUCUUCAUGUACGCAUAGGGACGUCUUCAGCAGUCACCAAGACUGGGUUUCGCACCUCGCUCUUGACCAUGAACUUGAUCCCCAAUGGAAAGGAGCUGAGUGUCCACUAUGCCGAGACGACACUGGCCAGGGCAAGACUGCUAUUGUCAAACACCUUGGAGGUCAUCUUGAGGAGAUCUCUCUUGCCGCUCUCCCUUUUCAACGUUAUUUCGACGAUGAAACUGAGUAUUCAGAUGGAAACCAACAAGAUGAAGCAGCAGGUAGCCCUGGGGCUGACAUGAGCCCUGGUCCAUUGUACAAAAAUGGACUCGAGUUUUUGACUGAAGUAUAUCAUGGCAAACCCAGGCUUUACCAAGCUUUGGUUGAAGAGAUCAUGAAAUAUAACAGGAAAGAGUAUGUUAAUAUUCAAAUUAUCAACUGUAACUAUUUGUGUGCUUGCUUGAUUGACGACUUCACAGAAUUUCUCAUCUAG